AUGAAGUCCCGCAAGGGACGGGUGAAGGUUGAAGCCAAGGUUAUAGGCGAGGACGAUAGAAACGCCUGGUGGAUCAUGUCUGCUAAUGAGUUUGAGCCGGGGACGGUAUCGUUCUGUUGCAUGGAGGAGGAGUAUAGGAGCUACUAUAUACGGCAUAAUAACGACAAGAUAGAUGCUUGUAUAGAGGAGGUGGGUAGUGGUGGCUUCAAGCAAGCGGCGUCUUUCAACCUAUUGCUGCGGUCUGACUGCGAUCCGAGGGUGAAUCGAAAUGGCAGCAGCGUACUGAAUCUAUCGGUUGACCGUAGCAUACUUGAAGACAGUCAGGGUCCCGACAAGACCGUGGAGUCGCCGUCAGGAUCGACAGUAGAGGCUGAGCAAGUGAGGAAGUGGCCUGUGCCUUAUGCGGGUCCGCUCCGCAGUCGGGUAGGCGAGAUAGAGGAGGAGGAGGACGGUGGUGGUGGUCGGGAUGAUGAUACUGAUGUGUCCACACGCUCUCAGAAACGGACCCGAGAUGUGCGGUCUGUUCCUAAGAAGACUCGGGGAAAGGUUGGUAACGGCGAGGAGUCAACACCGGAGGCUAAGCCGAGUGACCCAAAGAGGAAGAGGCAUGACUCGUUAUCGGCGGCGAUGGCGGAGUUGGUGGUAUCGGGUAAGGUCGAUAGGAGAGGAGGAGGAGGAGCAGACAGGGGGGACGGCAACCGUCUAUCGACUGACAGUGUGUUUGGGCAUGAAGGGCGGCCCCUGGCCCGACCUAGUGAAGCGCGUGAUAGCGUCUUCGACCUGACCAUCGAUCACGAUGAGGCCCCCGACGUGUCUCGUAUCGAUCCUGCACCAACCUCGGCUGUCUUCGAGGAGCUCGAGGAAGUCCGUCGAGCCUUGAGUAUUGCCCUGGACAGAGACUUGGAGAGCCAAGAGGAGAUCAAGCUGUUGCGUAAACAGUUGGAAUCAGCGCGGAAAUCCAGCAAAGAGUCUCGGGAGCUGAAGCAACUACGGAAGGAGUUCGAGAAAGCUAAGCAAGGAUUCGAGCGGUCGGAGGCUGAAGCUCGAGAGAAGAUCAGGACCCUUAAACAGGAGUUAGUUCUCGAGUUGGAGGCUAAGGAUGAGGCACUGAAUCGAACUGAAGCCCUGGAGGAGAAGUUGGAGGAGAAGCAAGCGAGUGAGGAGGAAGCGACGUGCACUAUCAAGUCGCUUAAGAAGGAGCUGAAGCAGAAGACUGAAAGGCUGAGGGCACUGCAGCAGAAGCCGGACGAUGUGGCAACGAUUGGUGAUGACGAGAGGGUCGCUGAGCUAGAGCAGGAGUUGGAGGAAGCACAGAGGCUUCAGGCGGAGAGCCAGGAUGUUAUCAAAGCUCUGAGGACGGAGCUGGAGGAUGGAGAGGAUAGGAUGAAGAAGCUUCGGGAAGAGCUGGAGGAGGCGAAGGAGGCAGCGGCGGAGGGUACCGAGGCUCUACGGGACGAGCUGGAGGCUGCUGAAGAGGCGCGGAACGCCAGUCAGGCCGCCGUGGUGGCGCUCGAGGCGGAGUUGGCGGAGGUGAAGGCGAAAGUGAUAGAGCUUCAGGAGGAACAGGAGGCUGCUGAUGCGAGGUGGCAGGAGGUACAGAGUGAGAAGCAGGCUAGGGAGGGCGAGAUCAACGAGCUGAAGAGAACCCUCGACUCGCUGGAGAGGUUGCCCUUGGAAUUAGAGACAACGAAAACUCAGCGUAACAAGGCGGAGAUAGCGAUGUUCGGGCUAGAGGCGGAGAUUGAGGCAUUGAAGGAGCGGUUGGAGGCGAAGGAAAGGGAGAUGAAGACGAUGAUGGCGGAGAGCGUGAAUGGUAAAGAGAAAGGUAACGUAGGGAAGUCUCCCCUGGCCGCUGUUGGUACAGAGAAGCCAGCUGUUAGUAGUAACAGAAGGGAGUCAAGAGAAGCCCGUAGUCGGUUGAGUCUUGAAAUGGACGAGGCGGUGGCGGGUCUGCUGGGCUUUGGUGGUGGCUUGGCGGCUGUACCAGAGGGGUGUCCUAUCGCGGGUGACCAGAGUGUGGACAAGUACAAGCAGAUCAUUGUAGAGCUGCAGGAGAAGGUAGGUUGCUCAUCGUUGCUGAACAUAUCACGGGGGUUGAUCGGAGGAGACGACUGUAUGAGGCGUGUUCGGGUGCUGCCAUAA